AUGGACUGCAAAGAAGUGAGACCAAAAUUCAAGAAGGGGUUCUGGAAGCCAGAAGAGGACAUGAUACUAAAGAAAUAUGUUGAGACUCAUGGAGAAGGCAAUUGGACUCUUGUCUCCAAGAAAUCCGGUUUGCUAAGGGGUGCCAAGAGCUGCAGGUUGAGAUGGAAGAACUACCUAAGACCCAACAUCAAACGUGGCACCAUGUCUGAAGAUGAAAAAGACCUUAUUAUUAGGCUGCAUAAGCUUCUGGGCAACCGUUGGUCGCUGAUUGCUGGUAGGCUCCCAGGGCGCACUGACAAUGAAGUGAAGAACUAUUGGAAUACCCAUUUGAACAAAAAAUCACCCCAAAUCACUCACGAACAUCUUUAUUCUGAGUUAUCGAGCUCUCAGUACUGCUUGGAACAAGAAAAAAUUGACCGAGUAAUAGUAAAGGAAGGUGAGAAUACGGAUGCUCACAUAUUAGACCUAAAAAAUGCCAACUAUAAUAAUCAAGACGUGACGUUUGAACCGAUGUUCUUUCCCAACUCUCCUCAUGACUUGUUGCUCCAUGAUUUCGACGUGUUCUUCGAACCAUUUGAAGUUAGCAGCUUGGUUUAUUUGCAGUAA